AUGCCGUGGACAGUCACCAAUUCUUUUAAGCGAGGCCUGAUGAAAACAUACGGAAGAGCAACAUGGCGCGUCUAUGACGAUGAACGGGUCGCGAAAAAAAGACGCGUCCUGGAUGAGUCGGAUGAGGCGGAGACCAACCUCCAGUAUGCGAUCCGCGAGUCCUCCGCCGCCGUGCUCUCCAGCCCCUCGCGGCGCACCUCGGUCGUCCUGUCCGAAGGUACCCUCGACGAUAUCGACGAUCUCACCACCCCCCCUUCAUCGCCGCCGCCGCCCCGGUUGACUCCGCCCCCCGCCAACGCCCGCAAGCCCACCUUUACUUUUCUCAAGCGCAAACACAAGGAGGCGGCCGGGUCACCGCUGACCGAGGUGAACUCCAACAGUGUGCGCUCCUCCGUGGACCCGCCCAAGCAGCAGCAACAACAGCACCCGCCGAACUAUCAGCAACUCCCACCCCAGCCACAAAAGGUACAGCCCAAACCGCCCGCGCUGCGCCAGAUGCAAAUCGACCUCGGAAGCGAGGUGCGCAAAACCUGUGCGACAUGCGGGAUGGAGUAUAUCCCCUCGAAUCCAGAGGACGCGGCGCUGCACAAGAAGUUUCACGAGAUGAACUCGACGGGAGUCGACCUCGGCAAGGCGUUCAUGCGCGCCAAUGCCUCGCGCUGGGUCUACGAGGCGACCCGCUUCGACGAGGGCUACGUGGUGAUCGUGGACCGCAAGGCCUCUCCCAGCGCCAAAAACCAGGCGAAGAAAGUGCUCGAGGUCGUCAACCGGGAACUGUCGUCCCCGGAGAUCGCGGAUGACGUGCUCUGGAGCCAGGCUGAGCCCCCGACGCAUCGGCCCGAGGAAAGCCCCGACGACAAGGCCGAUCGGUACCGGGUCUUCCUGCAUAUGAAGGACAGCCGGUGCGUGGGGCUGUGUCUGACGGAGCGCAUUUGGGAGUCGCGCCCAGUCGUACCGGGCGAGAAAGGUGGUGCCCACGCGAAUGGCUCGUCGGUGUCGGUGCGGGACGAGCUGCACCCGGCCAUUGUCGGGGUCUCGCGCAUUUGGACGUCGGGGGCGUCGCGAAGGAAGGGCAUCGCGUUGGAUCUGCUGGAUUGCGUCGUGAGCAAUUUUAUCUACGGCAUGGAAAUCCCUAAGGCUCAGAUUGCGUUCAGCCAGCCCACCGAGAGUGGGAAGCGGCUGGCUCAUAAGUUCUUCGAGGAGGAGGAGACGUGGCAUGUGUAUAACGAGCGGUGA